AUGAAGUGGAUUUUUGUUGUCCUGGGGGUCUUCGCCGGCGCGGCUUGGGGAGCACCUGUCGCGGAAGAGCCUCUGUUGGUGGUCGUGGAAGACGACGCCCAACAGUCCCUGGCUAUCAUCAACGCCGACCAACAGCAGCCGUUCGUGCCGAUUGAGAUCCCAGAGGACAACAAUUUCCGUUAUCUGACGAGGGACUUCGAAGGAGCUACCUACCAGUUCGGCUACAACACGGGAAACACUGUCGACGAGAACGGGGUACCCCAAGCUAACAUGUACCGUCACGAGAUGAGACGCCAAGAUGGUACGGUGGUCGGACGGUAUGGCUACGUGGACCCAGAGGGAGUGGAGCGUGUCUUCAACUACGUGGUGGAUGAGGAUGGAUACAGACUUCUGGAGGCCGGGGAUUUUCUGGCGCUUGAUGUUGUGGAGGAGACUCCCCAAGAUGAAGAGGAGUCGAACAAGGCACGACUGGACUUGCCUCUUGAAGAACAGAGGACUCCCAUCGCUCUCCCUGUUAUACCCGAGGGCGCUGCCGAUCUCAGCAGUGACGCUGGCACCUACGGGUAUAUCACUGUUCUUUAAGAGAGAAAGAGAGAGAGAAGAGGAGGAGGAGGAGGAGGAGAGGAAGGAGGAGAGAAGAGGCGUGAGGAAAUCGUGUUAAGUGUUAAGAAAGAUGAAAGAAAAAGAUAGAUAGAUAGUAGCUGUGAAGAUAGCGAGUUAUUAUUUUUUUUUAAUUCGCGGUUUUUAAUACGGGUAAAUUUCUUGUUCUUUUCUUUCUCUUUGUAAUGAGUUAACGCGAGCUAAGGAAAAAAAGGGAAAAAUAAUGCUCAAGCAAAUAUAAAAAAAUAUAUAAAAAUCCAUAGCUUGCGUUUGCCCAUUAUCUAUUUAUUUACAUAUUUAUUUAUUUAUUGACUUUUCUAUACACCCAUGUUCUUCCGGUGACGGUGAACGGGUGUCAAGAAUUGCACAGCUGACAAUCCCAUGUUGUUUAGGGCUGGUUGUUCACUGUUGUUCAUCGGUGAACAAGAGAGCCUGUUCUUUUUGUUGCUGACAUGUGUGACGUGACUUUUUGACUUGAUUUACUUUACUUAUACGACUAUUUUUUUUUUUUUUUUACAAAUGACUGUUGUUAUUUUCUUAAAGACGGCGUUUUUUUUUCUUUUUACAGACAAGUGACACUUUUUGUUAAAGACUUACGACUUUUUACUUGACUUGUGACAAACAGACAUCAUUAUAUAUAAAUAUAUAAUUUAGAAAAAAACAAUAAAAAUAAGACUCUACUUGAUUGACAGUUACUGACAGACGCAGACAUCAUAAAAUUAUAAAUAAAAAACAUAAAAUUUUGUUUUAGAAAAUGCGAAAAAUAUAUUCAAAACAGAAAAAUCGGCAAAUUAAACAAUAUACAGACAUGACGCAUAAACUUUAAUCAAAUACCAGUUUUAUCGACACAGACAUAAAAAAAAAACAUAAAAACACACAAAAAUGACUUAGACAAUUGUUUUUCCUUAAACUGGUAUUUUUGACUUUGUUAUUGGAGCUUUAAGUAUGUGUGAAUGUUGUUAAUUGUUAUAUUUGUUAUUAUUGUUACCAUAACAGUCCCCAACCACGUAAAAUUCUAAAAAAAAAUA